AUGGAAAUAAGCCAAAUGAUAGACAUCGCCAGUGAAGCUUUUCGAACUACGAGCAAGAGUCGAAAUAAACCCUAUCUGGCACAGUUUUUGGCACCGAUAAAGGAGAUGACAGACAUCCCGGGGCCCCAAAUCAUUGACAACAAUGAUGGUACAAAGACAAUCAUAUCUUUCAAAGUCGAAAACGGCAAGAAAUACAGAGUUACGCAGAAAGUGAAAGAGAUCAAAGUUACGGAGAAAGUCAACAAAUCUGUAGCACAGAGGAAGCAAUGGAAGAAGUUCGGAGCCGAGGCGAACUCUGCGCCAGGUCCAGACUACUCUACGACGCAUUUGGGUGAAGAAGUGCUUCUCAGACUGGGUACGUCCUGGAAGAAAAUCGAGGAAGAAGAAGAACGUAAGGCCAAGGAGGCCAAGGGAGGUGAGAAACUCAUUACAUGUAGAACAUGUGGCGGAAACCAUUACACAAUGCAUUGUCCUUUCAAGGAUACGUUAGGUGACACUUCUGGCGCUGCGGCACCUGACACCGACGCAGCUGUCGACGAGGUUGUCGUUGACACGGCCAGUGGCAGAUACGUACCACCUUCGCGUCGUGCCGGUGCAAGAGAUCCUUCUUCGAACAACAAUUUGGACGCCUACAAGGAUCAAAGAGAACGUGAUGAUGCCAAGACUUUGAAGAUUAUGCAAUUAAACGAACAUGCUGACGAAAACACAUUGAGAUUCGAGCUUCUGUUCCCAUUCGGCAGAAUACCUAAAGUGGUUGUCGUGAGGAAUAGGGAGACGGGUAGGUCGAGAGGUAUCGCCUACGUGACGUUCGAAACGGAAGAAAUCGCGGAAACAGCGCUCAACUUCUUGGACGGCAGAGGUUUCAUGAGUUUGAUUUUGCACGCCGAAUGGUCUAAACCUAAGACCCCAGCUCCAUAA